AUGACCAGAAUUGCAUCGUUUACCUCAAAGGCCCCGGCCCCUGCACCUUUCAUGUCACAGUCUGUGACGUGCAACGGCUUCGUGUUCGCUUCCGGAUCUCUGGGCCUCGACCCUGAAAGUGGUGAAUUUGUUGCCGGUUCAACCUACGAUCGCGCUAGACAAAGCCUCCAGAACCUGGCAGCCGUGCUCGAGUCAGCCGGAACCAGUCUGUCCAAGGUCAUCAAAGUGAACAUCUUCCUGUCAAAGAUGGACUAUAUCACGGAAGUCAAUAAGGCAUACGCGGAGUUUUUCGUUACAGACCCCAAACCUGCGAGGUCUUGUGUUGCUGUGGCUGAGCUCCCGAGAGGGGCGGAAAUGGAGAUUGAACUGGUCGCAGAGGCAUAA